AUGGAUUAUUCAGACUUACAGAGUUCCAUUCAUUACAACUGUGGAUUUCUUCCUAAUUUCCGCCUUCAGCUCCUCCCUCGCAUCAUGGCCACUGCAGCAUUAAACCAACUUCCAUUGGGUUAUGUCUUCUGUCCCACCGAUCAAGAACUCUUCCAAUUCUAUCUCCACCAUAAAAUCGUCGGAAACGACACUCCAUACGUGCUCCCCGUCGUCGACCUUUACAGCGAGGAACCUUCGGUGUUAUGGCAAAAUUUCGGAGGGAUCGACGAUCAAUACCUCCACGUUUUCACACAGUUGAAGAAGAAAAAAUCUCGAGUCAUCAGAAAGGUUGGCUCCCAUGGUGGAACUUGGAGUGGAGAGAGUGAUGCUGUUAAAAUAUUCUCUUCCGAUGAUAAUCAUAUUCUACUUGGGACUUUAAAACGUUUUCAUUACCAGAAUCCUAAGGUUGGGAAAAGUAACGAGAAUUGUUCGUGGAUCAUGCAUGAGUAUACUAUUAAUCCUGAUCUCGUACUGAACGGGAAUGUACAUGAUCGUUUCGUUUUUUGUAAGAUUCGACAGAAGAUUUUGUACCAUAGAAGGGAAGAUCAGGCGCCGAUAUCAACCGAGACCAUUCAAGUACAUGAGCAAGCUAUUGCAAACCCUGGAGAAGAAACGUUUAAAAUCAACAAACAAUUUCUUGGAGAGCUUAUGAAUCCCAUAUCAACCGAGACCAUUCAAGUACAUGAGCAAGCUAUUGCAAACCCUGAAGAAGAAACGUUUCAAAUCAACGAACACUUUCAUGGAGAGCUUAUGAAUCUCAUAUCAACCGAGACCAUUCAAGUACAUGAGCAAGCUAUUGCAAACCCCGAAGAAGAAACGUUUCAAAUCGACGAACAAUCUCUUAGAGAACUUAUGAAUCCCAUAUCAACCGAGAGCAUUAAAAUACAUGCACAAGCCGAAGAUUCAAAUGAAGAACAAAUGUUUGAAAUCAAUGAACAAUUUUUUGAAGAACUUGACGAUCCAUUGGAAGAUAUCGACUUCUCUUGCAUGGACGACGACCUCUCAUUACUUGAUGAUUUACCACUUCCAUGGUAA